AUGUUUAACUCAGUGAAUCUAGGAAACUUCUGUUCUCAAUCGCGUAAAGAGAGGAGUGCUGACUUUGGAGACAGAGCAGGUUGCGCUUCCAAUCUCUACCUCCCUAGCUGCACCUAUUACGUCCCAGAAUUUUCAACUGUGUCAUCUUUCUUGCCACAGGCCCCCUCUCGCCAAAUCUCCUACCCUUAUUCCACUAACCUCUCGCAAGUGCAGCCAGUUCGAGAGGUCUCCUAUGGUCUAGACCCCUCUAGUAAAUGGCACCAUAGAAGCAAUUACGCCUCGUGUUAUUCCGCGGAAGAUCUGAUGCAUAGAGAGUGUAUCCCGCCUUCCACCAUGACCGAAAUGCUAAUGAAAAACGAAAGCGUGUACAGCCACCACCAUCCCAGCUCUAACCAUCCUGCAUCUACGGGAUUCUACUCCAGCAUGAACAAAAACAGUGUCCUGCCCCAGGGCUUUGAUCGGUUCUUCGAAAAUGCCUACUGCGGGACAGAGAACCCGCCUGAGAACUGUCUGCAGAAAAGCGAGAGCAAACUGGAAUCCGACUCCCAGCCCAGUGCACUAUCAUCCCGCGGAGAGCAAGGCAUAGACCCGGAAGACGAAGAGGAAAACACAAAUCCAGGGUCUUCAGCCUCGUCUUCUUCUGUCAACAAGGAAGGAAGCAAAAACAGCAACUCGAGUGCUCCCCGUACAAGAAAGAAGAGAUGUCCCUAUUCGAAAUUCCAGAUCAGAGAGCUAGAGAGAGAAUUUUUCUUCAAUGUCUAUAUAAACAAAGAAAAAAGGCUUCAGUUGUCUAGGAUGCUAAAUCUCACUGAUCGACAGGUUAAAAUUUGGUUUCAGAACAGAAGAAUGAAAGAAAAAAAAUUAAGCAGAGACCGCCUGCAGUAUUUUUCUGGAAAUCCCUUAUUGUGAACACAUCUUUUUCCAAUCCUCUCUGCUGGUGAAGUAGAUCUGUAUUAAGAAGGAACUCUGAAAGCAUGGGUUGUGGUCUGAGUCUACAAGCAACCUCAAAGUUUAAGCCUUUUCGUUACUUAUAUUUGUAUGUAUGGAACAGUUCUAAGUAACGCAAGGAGUUCAGAUAUCUAAACGUUUAAAGGACUUGAAAACCAUGGACUUUUUAUUUAACGUUUUGUCUGAACAACUGGGAUUUUUUUUUUCAUUUAGUCAUCCUUGUCUAUUUGAAUAAAUCGCAGUGCUGUGUUAUAAUUAUCAUGGUGAUGAUUUCAAUAUGCAGUUAACAUGUGCUAUCACAGACGCGGCCAAAACCUCCCUCUAUGGUUAAUUCAGAUACCUUGAUUUGGGAGGGAAUGUGUGUGUGUGUGUGUGUGUGUGUGCAUGCACACAUAUACAUAGGACUGUGCGUAUCCACAGCGAUCAUUUGUGUUCUCCUGCUAUCCAUGCCAAGAACUGUUGUCGAAACCUAAUUUAAAUAUUCUCUUCCGUUGCAGCAAGAAUGGGUUCAUUUUCAAUACAAUCUAUAUAGGAUAUA